AUUUGGUGUUAUUAAUUAUAGCAACAGUAAAGAAAAGGUUGGUGCGAAACCAGGUGACUAGUAAAAAUAUUACUGAACAAUUUGAACGAACAGCCAAAAAAUCUUUAAAGAUGAAAUUCUUCGCCGUCUUCGCUGCUAUCCUGGCCGUAGCCGCCAGCCACUCCUCAUGGACCCUGAACGAGCUGUCCCAGGCCAUCCAGGACCCCAACACCGACCCCGCUAUGCUCCCCCACCUCGAAGCCGCUCUUGACCAGAUGAUGGACCAGAUCUACGCCGGAGCCAAUGUUGAAGCCGUGACCGUCACAGUUCCCGCUGCUACCGUUACCUGGACUCUUGGCCAGAUCUCCGACGCUCUGCAGAACCCUGAGACCGACCCCGCCCUCAUCCCCUACUUGGAGGAGGCCCUCAACAACAUCAUGGACUCCAUCAUGGCCGGAAACGACGUUACCGCCGUCCCCGUCGCCAUCCCCGCUCUGGAGGUCACCCACUGGACCCUCCACGAGCUGUCCGAGGCUCUCCAGAACCCGGCCACCAACCCCGCCCUCGUGCCCUACCUCGAGCACGCCCUUAACGAGAUGAUGGACGCUAUCUACGCCGGUCACGAGAUGGGAGCCAUCGUCGUCGCCGUCCCCGCUGGUCUUGACCCUGUCGCCCCCAUCCCCGUCGUCCCAACCCCCGUCGAAGUUGUGGCUCCUGUUGAGGCCGUCCCCGAGGUCCCCGCGACUGUCCCCACCACCACCCCCCUCGUCCAGAUCAUCGUCAACAUUAAGGAGAAGCAGGCUGCUGCUGCCGUCGCCGCCCCCAGCUUCGGACCCACCCCCCGCGCUUAAACAACGAAAAUCAGUGCCCACAGAUUGGUUUCCCAAGGUUUAUAUUACAUAAAUAUGUAAAUCUGGUGAAAAUCCCGACAUUUACCAACUUUAAAAUGUGAAUAAACGAUUUUUGUCUAUUUA